GGGGAGUUUAGAGGUGAAAUCGUGUCAGGAGGCAGAUUUUCUCUGCGCAUCACUGGGAAAAACACAAGUUCGCCGUUAGUGGGCAUCAUAUUGUUGCAGGAUGAUGUCAAUGAAAUCAAGUUUCGAGCAUUUCAACUGAAAUCUCGUGUAAAUCCGUGGGAAACAGAUCCGGAAUGUGGGCUGGCUGCGCCUGAUCCAAAAAGUGACCCAGUUACCGACAGGAAGAGCAGAGAGACGGAAAGGAGGAAGGAAGCGCGAAGCGAAGAGGAAAGGAGAGAGUUAGCAGACAAAAGGAGAAGCUAAGGAGCGUGGGAUGACACGGUGGGUUAGGAAGGAGGAGAGAGGGAGCGCACAGACACAGAGAGGUGACGUCAAACCCGAGCGGAGCAGAGUGGAGUGGAGCGGAGCGGAGCUGACCAGCAGCCGCUCUCUGCGCCUCUGCACGCGGCCGCCGCAGCUUUGAAACACCGCGGAGGAGGAGCAGGAACCGCGGAGGUCGGACCGGGAGAAGCUGACGCUGGCGCCGCACCGGGACGCGGCGGACGCGCUGGUUUUGCGCUGACUGAGAACAUGCCGGCUCGCCUCGCGCGGUCAGACAGGUGUUGUCAACGCGCGGCACGGAGCUUUGAUCUGCGCCGGAGGGCUCGCGCUCGUCGUUGAUCCGGACUGCGGCAACAAGUUUCAUGUUCUGAAUUUUCUCCGGGUUGAGAUUCUGGAUUUGAUGGAUCUGCUGCUCUGCCUCUUUUCCUCCCCUUGUGAUCCUGUUGGGAACCUUGAAGGCAGCCGGGGAUUCCGCUAAUGUCCCUCUCCGGCGCGGCUGUGCGCGCAGUGGAGAACCGGACCCUCCGACCCGCUUAAAUACGAAUUUUAUUCUCUUCCACCUGCGAUCCACCUUGCUUUACACGGGUCCCAGCUUGGCGUGGAGCCGCGAAACCACAUGGUGCCCACAGUCCGGCUACAGUGGCCCGAGCUCCUGCUGCUCGGACGCGCCACCCGGUGAUUUUACCACGCGGGAAUCAUGAUGGCUGGUCUGGCAGAGGCGGUAUUGGCGCGGAUGGUUCUUUAAGGGACCGACUACUCUUGACAAUGACCUCCAGCAGCGCUCUGCCCCGCGCCGUUCCCACCCCAACCCGAAAGAAAAGCACGCGCCCUCGGUUCGAUGCGCACGAGAAGACGUCGUGUCCCCAGAACCGCUGAUCCGACUGACAGUCCGGAGAGGAGGAGGAGGAGGAGGAGGGGGAGGAGGAGGGGGAGAAGGGGGGACACACGCUGACACAAACGAUCAGAGCAGAGAGGUGGUGAUGGAGCUGUCGGAGGUGCGGUGCUCCAGCGCCAGCGAGGAGCUGUACACCAUCAACAAGACGCCGAGCAGCAGCGACAACAGCAGCGGCAGCGGCAGCGGCAGCGCGCGGCCCAAGCGGCUGCUGUGGCAGAACGCGGUGCGGCACAUCACCGAGCAGCGCUUCAUCCACGAGCAGGGCGGCGGCGGCGGCGGCGGCUCCGGGGGAGCCAAAGACGACCCUUUCGACCCGAUCCAGGACGCACGGAAGCAGUCCGCGGGCCGGACCUCGGUAGGGGACCGGCACAACAACGGCGGGACCAAAGUGUUCCCCGAGCGCGCCAGCAGCGACCUGGGCUUCUUGCAGAUCGACUGCGCGCCCAGCAACUCGGACUUCUUCCUGAACUGGGGCUACACGUACCGGGGCGUGAUCUUCCCCACGCUGCGGAACGCCUUCAAGUCCCGCGACUUGGAGCGCCUCUACCAGCGCUACUUCCUGGGCCAGAGGCGCAAAUCUGUGGUGGUGAUGAACAUCCUGGACGUGGUGACCAAGCUCACCCUGCUGGUCCUGCACCUCACCCUGGCCUCCACCCCCAUGGACCCCAUCAAGGGGAUGCUGCUGGGCUUCUUCACCGGCAUAGAGGUGGUCAUUUGUGCCUUAGUGGUGGUGCGGAAGGACACCACCUCGCACAGCUACCUGCAGUACAGCGGCGUGGUCACCUGGGUGGCCAUGGCCACGCAGAUCCUGGCGGCCGGCCUGGGCUACGGGCUGCUGGGGGACGGGGUGGGCUACGUCCUGUUUACGCUGUUCGCCACCUACAGCAUGCUGCCGCUGCCGCUCACCUGGGCCAUCCUGGCCGGUCUCUUCACCUCCGGACUGCACAUCCUGGUCCAGCUGCUCAUUUCCGAGAAAGCACAACUCUUCACCAACCAGGUCGCUGCUCAGGCUGUGCUCUUCAUGUGCAUGAACACUGCCGGGAUAUUCAUCAGCUACCUGUCGGAUCGGGCUCAGCGGCAGGCCUUCCUGGAGACCCGGCGCUGCAUCGAAGCUCGCCUGAGACUGGAGACAGAGAACCAGAGACAGGAACGUCUGGUGUUAUCCGUACUGCCACGUUUUGUAGUUUUGGAAAUGAUCAACGACAUGACAAAUGUAGAGGACGAGCACCUCCAGCACCAGUUCCACAGGAUCUACAUCCACCGCUAUGAGAAUGUCAGCAUUCUUUUCGCAGAUGUUAAAGGCUUCACAAACCUCUCCACGACGCUCUCUGCCCAGGAGCUGGUACGAAUGUUGAACGAACUCUUUGCACGUUUCGACCGCCUUGCACACGAGCACCACUGUCUACGAAUAAAGAUCCUGGGAGACUGUUACUACUGCGUGUCUGGUCUACCCGAGCCCAGGCUAGACCACGCCCACUGCUGCGUGGAGAUGGGACUGAGCAUGCUCAAAACUAUCAGAUACGUCCGAUCCCGUACGAAACAUGACAUCGACAUGCGUAUCGGGAUCCACUCAGGCUCGGUGCUGUGCGGCGUUUUGGGACUCAGGAAGUGGCAGUUUGACGUCUGGUCCUGGGACGUGGACAUUGCCAACAAGCUGGAGUCUGGAGGCAUCCCUGGGCGAAUCCACAUCUCCAAAGCAGCUUUGGAUUGUUUGAAUGGCGACUACGAGGUGGAGGAAGGACACGGGAAGGACCGCAACGACUUCCUUCGGCGCCACAACAUCGAGACGUACCUGAUCAAGCAGCCCGAGGAGAGUCUGCUCACGCUGCCGGAGGACAUCAUGAAGGAGGCGGCCAGCUCGGCCGACCGCCGGGCCAGCAGCGCCACCUUCAACGAGGCCUCCUGGAGUCCUGAGCUCCCCUUCGACAACAUUGUGGGAAACCAAAACACUCUGGCUGCCCUAACGAGAAAUUCGAUAAAUCUGCUUCCAAACCAUCUUGCACAAGCUUUGCAUGUCCACUCUGGUCCUGAGGAAAUUAACAAGCGAAUAGAGAGUGCCAUCGACUUACGGAGUGGCGAUAAGUUGAGAAGAGAGCAUAUCAAGCCUUUCUCACUGAUGUUUAAAGACUCCAGCCUGGAAGAGAAGUACUCACAGAUGAGGGACGAGGUUUUCAAGUCCAACCUGGUCUGCGCCUUUAUUGUGCUCAUCUUCAUCACAGCUAUUCAAAGCCUGCUUCCCUCUGCCAGAAUGCUGACGAUGGUGAUCCAGUUUUCGGUCCUCAUCGUCCUGCACUCCUGCCUGGUUCUGGUUACGACGGCGGAGGACUACAAAUGUCUGCCUCUGGUCCUGAGAAAAGCGUGCUGCUGGAUCAACGAGACGUACACGGCACGAAACGUCAUCAUCUUCGUCUCAAUCCUUAUCAACUUCCUGGCAGCAAUGAUCAAUAUUCUGUGGUGUGACUUCGAUAAGUCCAACACCUUCAGGAACCAGACGUACAACGAGUCUGUCUCCAUCCCAGACAUCUGCUUCUACCCAGAGUAUUUUGUAUUCACAGGUGUGCUGGCGAUGGUCACCUGUGCCGUGUUCCUGCGGCUGAACUCUGUGCUGAAACUGGCGGUGCUGCUGGUGAUGAUUGCCAUCUACUCCCUGCUGACCGAAGCUUUCUACACGUCGCUGUUUGUCCGUUACGACACCGUGCACCACAACACGGAAAACUUCUUGGGAACCAAAGAGACAUCUCUGCUCCUCAUGGCCAUGUUCCUUCUUGCCGUGUUUUACCACGGUCAGCAGCUGGAGUACACGGCCCGGCUCGACUUUCUGUGGCGUGUCCAGGCCAAAGAGGAGAUCAACGAGAUGAAGGAGCUGCGAGAACACAACGAGAACAUGCUGAGGAACAUCCUUCCCAGCCACGUGGCCCGGCACUUCCUGGAGAAGGACCGGGACAAUGAGGAGCUGUACUCCCAGUCCUACGACUCUGUGGGUGUGAUGUUCGCCUCCAUCCCGGGCUUCGCCGACUUCUACUCCCAGACCGAGAUGAACAACCAGGGAGUGGAGUGCCUGCGGCUCCUCAACGAAAUCAUCGCCGACUUUGACGAGCUGCUCGGCGAGGAGCGUUUCCAGGACAUUGAGAAGAUCAAGACGAUCGGUAGCACCUACAUGGCCGUCUCUGGUCUGUCUCCUGAAAAACAGCAAUGUGAAGACAAAUGGGGUCACCUGUGUGCGCUGGCCGACUUCGCCAUCGCGCUGAACGAGAGCAUCCAGGAGAUCAACAAACACUCGUUCAACAACUUCGAGCUCAGGAUCGGAAUGGCUCACGGCUCCGUGGUGGCAGGGGUGAUCGGCGCCAAGAAGCCGCAGUACGACAUCUGGGGGAAGACGGUGAACCUGGCCAGCCGCAUGGACAGCACCGGCGUGAGCGGGAAGAUCCAGGUCCCCGAGGAGACCUACCUGAUCCUGAAGGAGCGCGGCUUCGCCUUCGAGUACCGCGGCGAGAUCUACGUGAAGGGCAUCAGCGAGCAGGAGGGCAAAAUCCGGACUCACUUCCUGCUGGGCCGGGUGCAGCCCAACCCGCUCAUCCUGCAGCCGCGCAAGAUCACCGGCCAGUACUCGCUGGCGGCCGUGGUGCUGGGCCUGGUGCAGUCGCUCAACCGGCAGAAGCAGAAGCAGAUUCUCAACGAGAACAACAACUCUGGCAUCAUGAAGGGCCACCACCACUACAACCGAAGGACGUUGUUGGCGGCCGGCGGGGCCGAGGUGGGCGGGGCCCAUCACGUGGAAGCGCCUGAUAAGACGGACCUGUCCUGAAGCGCGGAGCGCAGUUUGGGGUCCAGAACGAUUCCUCGGAGGCAGAACUGCUCAGAGGGCAGAAAUCUGGUCUGUGGUUGAGGUAAACCUCGGUGGGUGAAGCAUCACAGGGACGUUUUUGCUCAACAAUCCGGAUACUGACGGAUUUUCCCAGUCAUGGAAGCAGUGAGGAAGAUCCCCGUUACCAGUGACACGACAUUUAACAUUGUUUAACAUUGUUUUUCAUGGCUGAUCUAUUUGCUUAGAUCAGCCCACGUCAUCUAGGGCUUUUCAGAGUCAUGGAGGAAAAGAAAGUUUCCAUCAGAGUCAAUGCUUUCAUGGGAGGAAGCUGCCAGCUGCUGCUUCUCACACGCGUACGUUUACUGAUCACCAUCAGUGUGAGUAGGUCAGUAAUAGCCAGAACUACGGCAGCCUGUAGGUCUGGAGUUUACAGGCACGAUUUAACCCAAUGCCAGGUUGGAAAGACAUCAGCAAUGAGGUGGGAGACCAUCAGUCUGGGAAUGAUUAGAAACAUUUUCAGCCCCCCAUCCCAGCAAGAAAUGAUCAUUUUCUGUUUUAAUGCAUUCCAACUGUCCUUCUGAAGAUUACCCAGAAUCCCUUUCUAAAAUUUAUACCAUAUCUAUGGGUUAAAUUUGAUUAAAAAAAAUACAUAUGGGUUCCUUUAUAAAAUAAAACAAUGAUUUCUAACAGCUAGAAUGUUUCAACAUCGCCACACAUUUUACACUAUGUAGUAUUAACAGCAAUAUAAAUGGCUUUUAGCCCGACUCGUACCUGCAGUCAACAUUUAACCAGCUACAAACCUCAGUUGGCAGAAAUAAUAUCAAGCGAUUAAUAUUAAAGAUAAACGUCAGUUACAUUAAGUUUUGUACUUUUUGAGGAGUUUAACAGUAUUCAUCAUACUAAAAGGCUAAGGUCUCCUUGCGCCCCCCGUACAGUCAAAGUCCAGAACCUAAGCUGAUUCAAGUGCUGAUAACUGUGCAAAACCUCCAUGAUCUACAGCUGUUAGGGUCGGACAGAAAAUAUCCUCUGAGGGUUUUAGCGUCCAGACGUGGUUCCAAAGCCGUGAAAUUAGGGAUUAUUUCGUUUUAGUCUUGAUUGUAUGGACAGUGAUGGAUACUUUAUUUCCCCCAUGACUUUAUCCGAUGUUCUCAGAUGUAUCAAAUGAAUGUAAACUCCUGUUUAGUUGGGUUCACUAAGGGUAUCUGUAAUAAUCAAACUAAGGGCAGUCUGGACGUCUCGGAGAACGCCACUUUUCUUUUGAAGGGUUCCCAACAUCAUGAAUGUCGUGGAAAAACUGAGCGUCACUCAAACGUUUUCACCUUUUUAAAAAGUUUGACCCAACCGUGCUACGAAGGCUCCACCCACUUAGGUUUAACCCAGCCAAUGAGGUUUGUUCUUCAUCAGAAGCAGGUCAGUAGGGGAACUCCUCGUUGCAGGCCUGGGUGUUGGGGAUGCUGAGGGACGGGGGGAGAAAUGGAAAGACUGGACGAUGCCGUCGCGCUCCAUUUCCAUCCUCCGUCUUCUGUUCACCUUCUGUUGGACGGAUCAUCUGGGACUGUCCGUUCCCCGUUUAUCUCACCCUGCCUCAGACCCAUUCACACCUGAAGCCCUGACUCCUCCACCCUCCCAGACCUUCGCCCCGUGUCAAUGUUUCUUUUUUGUAUUUCUUUUAUAUCUGGAACACAAUAAAAAGGGGUCUAAUUUUUAUAGAA